GGAGAGGGAGAGAGAGAGAGAGCGAGCGAGCUUCAGUCGGAGGAGGAAAAGGUGGAUCUGAAUUUUGGACCCUUCAAAAAACUUAAGUGUAAGCUGACCGAGAGGGAGACGGUCAUCAGGACUUCAGGUCUCCAGGGCAACAGCCUCACGAGAUGACAUCAACAGGGGGGUGGAGCCACAGCCCAUCCAAUGGGAGAGAAAAACUUGAUCACUCAGAUAUGGAGUGUGAGGACGAGGAACUGGAGUUUAACUGGGAGGAAUAUCUGGAGGAAACUGGAGCCACAGGAGCAUCACACACCUCAUUCAGACAUGUGGAGCUGAGUCUGCAGAGCAGUUUCCAGGCCGGGAUGAAGCUGGAGGUGGCCGACAGAAGUCGUCCCGGUUCAUACUGGGUGGCCACGGUCAUCACGACCUGCGGCCAGCUGCUGCUGCUACGAUACUGCGGUUACGGCGACGACCGGAGUGCCGACUUCUGGUGCGAUGUCAUGACGGCAGAGCUGCAUCCCGUCGGAUGGUGCACUCAGAACAACAAACUGCUGCAGCCGCCUGAAGAUAACGUUUACCUGAGAUCAGCUAUUAAAGAGAAGUACAACAACUGGACUGAGUUUCUGGUGAAGGAGCUCACAGGGUCACGGACAGCACCCGCUAACCUGCUUGAAGGGCCAUUGAGGGGUAAGAACACGGUUGAUCUGAUUGUCCCUGGAUUCGUGUUAGAGAUUCGGGAUGCUAGCGAGCCGUUUAUCUACUGGGCGGCACGGGUGGAACGAAACGUCGGUGGACGCUUGUGCCUCAGCUACGUGGGACUCAAAGACCCCGUGCACUACAUCUGGAUUUUCUACCUUGACAUAAGGCUCCGCCCACUGGGUUGGGCCAAUGAGAACCAGCUCUCAAUAAAACCGCCCAAAGAAUUGCAGGAUCUAAGAAGUGAUGCUGAGUGGACAGAAGCUCUAGAGAAAGCCUCGUCUGAAGCUCUUCACUCUCCUCUUCCUUUGGAGGUCUUUAAGGAUCACGCUGACUUGCGUAAACACUCCUUCAGAACGGGCAUGAAGCUGGAGAUGGUGUCACCAGAAGAACCCUUCCACAUCUGCCCUGUGUCUGUUACCAAAGGAUACGAUGAGUACUACUUCCAGGUCACAGUGGAUGAUUUGAGUGCUGAAGCUCGACCCUGCUCAGUGUUGUGCCACGCCGAUUCACCCGGCAUCCUGCCCGUCCAGUGGUGCCUGAAGAAUGGUGUAGAACUACAGAGACCCAGAGGAUUUCAGUCUCAGGAUUUUGACUGGGCGGACUGUCUGAAGCACUCGGGUACAGAGGCCGCCCCGGAUGCCUGUUUUCCUAACGCAUCUCAGAGUCUGGAUUUCUGCAAGGAUACGUGGUUGGAAGCUGUGAACCCUCUCCAGCCAGCUGAGAUUGGUGGUGCUCGCAUCACUCAGGUUAAAGGUCGUCUCCUAUGGCUCAGAUUUGAAGGUCUGUUGAAGCCUCUGUCGGAGUGUAUAGUGGAUGUUGAGAGUAUGGAAAUCUUCCCUGUGGGCUGGUGUGAAGCUAACAGUUAUCCACUGACGCCUUUACGCAAACCAGUGUGUCACUCUCAGAAGAAGAUAGCUGUGGUGCAGCCAGAGAAACAGUCGGUUCCUUUACCCAUGGACAGUGGGCUUCUUGACCUUUGCCAGCCAGCCUCCAUAAACUCAGCAUCUGUGAAUGGAAAGUACGGCUGUCCGCGGAUCUUUAUAAAUCACCGCUGUUUUUCUGGUCCGUACCUCAACAAGGGAAGAAUUUCCGAGUUACCACAGGCUGUGGGGCCUGGCAAGUGCACAGUCGUUCUUAAAGAGGUUCUGACCAUGUUAAUAAACUCUGCGUAUAAACCCAGCCGUGUUCUCCGAGAACUGCAGAUGGUAGAAGAUCCACAGUGGAACUGUCUGGAGGAAACCCUGAAAGCCAAGUAUAAAGGAAGGAGUUAUCGAGCCACAGUGCAGAUGGUGUGUUUGGCGGAGCAGGUGCCAGAUUUCUGUCACAGAGUGUGUUUGAGACUGCAGUGCUGUCCAAACCUGAUUGGCCCCACGCUCAUCUCAGAGAAAUGUCCCGAAAACUGUUCCAUACACACCAAGACCAAGUACACAUAUUACAAUGAGAAGAAGAGGAAGGUGGGGCGUCCCAGUCUGGGCGAGUGCACUCAGGUGGGUGAGGUGGGCCGACCGACCCGGCGCAGAAAGAAGAGAAAGGCGAUCUUUGUUCAGAAGAAACGUCGCUCCUCUGCUGUAGGAUAUCACGCCGUGGAGUCUCCGCAGGACAGUGAUGAUUUUGAUUUCGAUGAUGAUGAAGAUGAGGAGGAGGAGGAGUAUGAGGAGUGGUGCAGUGAAGAAAGCUCCAGUUUGGAAUUACGUAAUGAGGCUCGUCUGAGCUCCUCCUCUCGGAGAGGUCGACCUCGUAGAUCUGCUACGUCGCCGGGUACCGCUGCAUCCUCAGAGCGACGGUCUGAACGCCGAACUACACGCGCGCUGUCCUACCCACACAGCCAGCCUGCCAAACAGACAACGGUAAAGAUGAAAUCUGAGGAAGGGGAAUCUCGAUUAGUUCUAGACAGGAACCCACUGGAGUGGAGUGUUGCAGAGGUAGUCGACUUCAUCACAUCCACCGACUGUGCCUCACUCGCCAAGAUAUUCCAGGAACAGGACAUUGACGGACAGGCUCUGUUGUUGCUGACCCUGCCCACAGUGCAGGAGUGUAUGGAUCUAAAGCUCGGCCCCGCCAUCAAGCUCUGCCAUCAGAUCGAGCGUGUCAAAGUGGCCUUCUACUCCCAGUACGCUAAUUAAGCUAACACGGUUAAGCAGGCUAACGUCGCCAGCUUACCCAGAGGCCUUUCUCCCAGUGGAAAAACAAAACACGGUGCUCAGGGGAUUCGGGACGUUAAAUCUGGUUGUGCUCUGCGGGGGUGAAAGGACAGCGCCUGUACGAAGAUAAAGAAUACAUUUCAAAAGAAGAAUGAUAAAAGAACUCUGAGACCGGCCGAAAGCUGUCUGAUGUUCAUCUAACUUUAGUGUGUAUGAGGUUUCUGAAACCCUUCUAGAAGGAACGGAUCCAAAAUAUAAAUGCCUGAACGGCACUGAAGGAAAACAUUGGGUGUUUCCCGAUAUAAGGAAUGUAAAAAGAAUGUGAAUAAUGAAUUCCUCUCAUGAGUGACCACGUUUACUUAUAAUGUAAAGUGCAAAAACACAAAGGCCUGUGAUAUGACUAACUUACCUGGCAAACCAGUGACCUUUUAUAAUGUUUCAAGCACCAGACUGCACUAACUACAAUAAUAAUACAUAUACGAGGGUUCUUCAAAAAGCUUCCUCACUUUUUUUGAACUCUAUUUGUUAAGAAUUUAAAAAAUGAACUCCACUUUUCUACACAGUUGCCUUCCAAUUCAUUAUUCCCAGCAUCGUACCAACUUUUUAAUGCGUCAGUAAUGUUUUUGGUCAAGCGUGUAGCCACUUAUGCAGCGCUGCUUUCACAUCAUCAUCAUCAUCACAUGAAAAUCUUCUUCCCCUUAAUGCUUCUUUGAGCGUCCAAAAAGGUGGAAAUCAGAUGGAGCUUAAUCCGGACUAUAAGCGUCUUUCAGACAUGACCGAUUACUCCUCCCUCCUACCCUCACCGCUUAUAGUCAAAAUAUAAAAGUGUGGAAACUUUUUGAAGAUCCCUUGUAUAUAUUGGGAGACCUGAUUAUGAGCUUGUUAGACAUCCCGUUCCAAAAUUGCCAUUUGUUGAAUUGCUCCCAAAUAAUAUAAAAUAAAUUAUUUGCUUUUAACAA